AUGUUAGGCGGAGUUAGUCUAAGUAGGGACAAUGGGAGCAGAAGUACGGCGAAGUUAGACGGAGUUAGUCUAAGUAGGGACAAUGGGAGCAGAAGUACGGCGAAGUUAGACGGAGUUAGGCUAAGUAGGGACAAUGGGAGCAGAAGUGCGGCGAUGUUAGGCGGAGUUAGUCGAAGGAGGAAGAGGAUGGCCGAGGGCUCGGGGAAGUUGGACGAAUUGUUCGACAGCCGUGACAGUUUGAAACAAAGUACAACCCUUCCGUUUCCUGUGUCAACAUGGUUCCGACAUGUCAUCACAUUCCCCUCACUACUCUCUCCACUUGGACUUUCUCGUGAGGUCUUCAUUGCAACAUUUUUCUCCAAACAACAAGUCCUCUCUCAUACGGAUCACAUCUUCCUCCCCAACCCUCAAUACCAACCUGGCAAGCCCAGGUGGGCCGCAUUCCGGCUGCACAAUGUCGUCACACCAACUCAACAAUCAACUCUCUAUGAAUUGGUCAAACAUGUGUGGGAUAAGGGUCUCAAGUCUCAUACAAUUGCGUCUCGAGGUGCAAAAUUCCAUCAGUGGUGGUUUGGGGUGUGGUGCCGAUAUGCAAAACACAGUGUCAUAUCCGCAGAUUCUCGACAGAAACGGUCUCAAGAAGCAGUAUUAGAGCUUCUCAAGAUGUACGAUAAGGUAUUUGGGGGGAAACCACGCACAAUGCUCAAUAAACUUGACCCUCCGGUCGCAAUUUCAAUGGGACACAACCACUGUCGAGUCCGAGACUAUCUAGAGUCACUAAAGAAUAAACUCAUUCCUGCUAGCUUCCGCAAGACAGCAGAGUCGCUUGAAACUACACAUUCUACAGCCGCAGCUCUUAGAUUGGGAGGAAUGGGGAUGAUGCUCGCAGUAUCAUGGGGAGAAGGAACAGACUGGCAUGUGGAUUCCAAAGAUUAUGGAAACCAUUAUACAAUCAUCUCAGUCCUUGGUUCACCUGCGCUUCUACAUCUACCGGAACUUGGCUGUACUAUACGUGUGAAGCCUGGCGAUGUUGUUGGUUUUCUAGCACAUCGAUACCUCCACAAGCUAGAACCACUCCGGGAUGACUGUGGGGACGGGGGCAGUAAUGAUGCGGGACAGGAAAUGGAUGAAAGUGAGAUGGACGGACUUGAAAUGGACGGAGUUGAGAUGGAUGGACUUGGAGUGGAUGGUUUGGAUAUGCAGAUAGAAAAUUGGGAUGAUCGGAAGGCUCGUUCUUUCCACGAUCCAGGAUCCGCGAUCCGCGACUUAACCUGGGACUUCCCGGCCACCGUAGAUGAAGAUGAGCGGAAUUCUUCGGCGUGA